CAAUCAAACGCAGACGAUGCUGCAACAUGAGCAUAACGUGAUCAAGUGGUCGGUGACAACAACGCGACAUAACCUACAAAAAGGGCCAAAAUCAUCGAUUGAUGGGCGGUUUGUGGUGCUUUCGACGAUUCCAAUAAAAGUCGGCAACAUUCAGUCACCUUCGAAAAACACGGCGAAUCAGAGCACGAUGAAGGAGCCUGAAGCGGAUCCGAAAAAUAUCAUAAAAAGUAGAGAGUUGCUCUACAGAUUGAUGAUCAGUCAGCUGUUCUAUGAUGGUCACCAGACGCUAGCUGUACAAUUGUCCAAUAUGAUACAGGCAGAACCGCCGUGUCCACCUUCGGAUCGACUGCUUCAUCUAAUGUUGAUUGGUACUGCUCACGAACCAGAUCGUUCCAAAAAGGAUAACAGCAGUAAUCUGUCUACAUUUGCAUCAAGCUUUGACAAUACUUUAGGACCUGGAUUAGACUUGGAAUUCGAAACAGAGACUCAGACUCAAGCUCCAGAACCAGCGCAGUAUGAAACAGCAUAUGUUACAUCUCAUAAAGGAAAUUGCAGAGCUGGAGCUUUUUCGGCGGAUGGUCAGUUGAUAGCUACCGGCUCUGUGGACGCCUCGAUCAAGAUCCUAGAUGUAGACAGAAUGCUUGCUAAGUCUGCGCCAGAGGAGAUUGCACCUGGUGAUCAAACUGGAGGUCAUCCAGUUAUAAGAACUCUAUACGAUCACUUGGAGGAAGUAACAUGUCUGGAAUUUCACCCUAGAGAACCCAUACUUGUGUCUGGUAGUCGUGAUUUCUCUGUAAAAUUAUUCGAUUUUAGUAAAGCCAGCGUUAAGAAAGCAUUUAGAACUAUUACGGAUGCAGACCAGAUUCGAUGUCUAUCCUUCCAUCCAACUGGAGAUUUUCUCAUAGUUGGGACCAAUCAUCCGGUAGUUAGACUGUACGACGUGAAUACCGCACAAUGCUUUGUGUGCAGCAUACCAAGUCACCAACACACAGCUGGGAUAACAAGUAUCAAAUAUUCACCAGAUGCAAAGACAUAUGCAUCGGCAGGAAAAGAUGGUAGUAUAAAACUGUGGGAUGGCGUGUCAAAUCGAUGUAUAAAUACUUUUGCAAAGGCGCACGACGGUUAUGAAGUAUGUUCGGUGAUCUUCACAAGGAAUGGCAAGUAUUUACUAUCCUCAGGAAAAGAUUCCUUGAUAAAGUUAUGGGAAUUGUCUACUAGCAGAUGUCUAAUAGCAUAUACAGGUGCCGGAACUACAGGUAAACAGGAACACAAGGCACAAGCUAUCUUUAAUCAUACUGAGGACUAUGUAAUGUUUCCGGACGAAGCCACUACUUCCUUGUGUGCAUGGAAUUCGAAUGCUUCGAGAAAACAAUUAUUGUCUUUGGGUCACAAUGGUCCUGUGAGAAUGAUUGUGCAUUCGCCAACAGCACCUGCGUUUUUAACAUGCAGUGACGAUUUCAGAGCAAGAUUCUGGUUCCGACGAAUGCCAACGCAUUAACAGUUUUUACAAAAUAGAAUAUGUGGAGGUUGAAAGACGUUUAAAAUCGUACCAAUUGUACCAAUUACAUUGGUACAAUAACGACAAAAAA